AUGACCCAUCCUGCCGGAGAGACCGCUAAGCAAAAAGUCCAGGAAUAUCCUUACAUCGAGGACCCGGGUCACCGAGAGUCAAGCCAUGCUCCCGGGCACAGCGAAGACGACCAACUUGCCAAUGAGGGCCCCGUUCGUACAUUCCCAGUCGACCAUUACAAUCCUGGUCUCAUCAAGCAUGAAGACAUCGAAGCCUUCGACGGCAGAUGGGUCUUUGUCGCAUGUCCCCAAUCCACUGGCAAAUGCCCACACUGCAAGAACCACGUCUACCACACAGGAUGCCUGGUAGUUUCCAUCUGUGGCGCACUCUCAACGAGCGACACCAAACCAAGGUCGUCAAUCGGGGUUUUCUUCGGCCGCCAGAACAAGAAGAACCUCUCCGUCGAGUUGGACGGGGAAAAGCACACCGCGCAAACCGCCGAGCUCAAGGCUUGUCUGGAAGGUCUUACCCGCACUUUCGUGCUUCAUACAAACUGGCAGAUCGAGCCGCCCAAGAACGAAGCGUGUCAUCCGUUGCACACCCUCGUCGUCAAGUCAGACUCGGAGUACGUUGUUAAAGGUGCGACUGAGUGGCUGCCAAAGUGGAAAGAGAAUGGCUGGAAGAAGAGCAGUGGUCAGCCUGUUGCGAAUGCGGAACUGUGGCGGAUUAUCGAUGCGAUACUCAAGCAGCUGGAGUACGAUAUCAAGGUCCAGUUCUGGCUUGUUCCGCGGGAGAUGAAUCAGAUUGCUACUGGGAUGGCCAAGGCAGCACUUGGUGAUGCUUAA